AUGCACCACAGGAAGGCGCCAAAGGAGCCCGAUUUCAUCCGUCUUGACCAAGUGUGGAGUAAGACGACGAGCCGUCAUGAGCUUCACGAGACUCCAAAGGCAUGCACAGACAACGCAUACGAAGGAUACCUUUUUCAUGUGCGACGCUCGAUUGACUCUAGCGGCAAGCAUAGAAGCACUGUUGUCGACAUUCAAUGCGAGCUCAUUCAGGAAUGCUUGCGCCAGGUUAUGGGGAAAUCUGAAGAAUCUGGCAUCGAGGAGGAGAACAUGGUGAUCGACCCAGACAUUUUGUUCCUCUACCUCGAAGACAUUCGUUCCUUACGGAGAAAGCUCAAGGACAUCGUCCCAAGCGGCAAAUCUCGAAAAAUGUUACAGGCAGCCCAGGAUUUGAUCGAUAAAAAACGACGAAACCUCAAAGUUCUUGUCAAAUAUCUUGAGGCGGAUUAUAAGCAGAUCCUAAACAAACUUAAGCCACUUCUUCAGAAUGGGCUGAUUACGUUCGAUCUCCUUUGGACUCUCUGGCGGCCCAACACCUUGGCCUUCACGGACGUCUAUGGUGAAGCUGGGGAGCUCCAGGUGUUUCGUGUGGGAAAAUGCCAGAGCCGCGUUCGUGAAACUCGCACCACAUCCUUCUGGAUAAAGGGGACGUAUGUCGACUUUGAUGGUAAAAGACUAGGUCGCCGUAAUGUCUACACCGACAUUGACUAUUUUCGGGGAACUCGAAAGAUCAACCGUCUGAAUGUGGUACCACUACAGUACCAUCAGAAUAGCGAAAACGUACGCAGAGACUUGAUCGAGCGUGGCAAGAAGUUUGUACAGCUCUCUGGCGUUCUGCACAAGAGCUACCAGGGUCCCGCUUUCUGGAGGGCGCAGGCCAGUAUCAUCCGUCGCGAGGUUCAUGGUCGAGUCAUGAUAGAUGCAGGCAGGCACCCUCAAAACAAUCCCCUUGGCGUGGUUGCCCCGACUAGAUCCCAAGGUCAUGACAGCGACACGAGCGACGGUGGCGAUUCUAGCGGCGAGGAGGACAGCGCAGACAAUCCAGAUUCUGAUGGGGAUGCGACCGAACAUUUUCCGGAGCUCGAGUUGCUAGACGGAAAUACCUUGUCUGUCGAUAUGAAUUCUCAGAAAGUAGCUGGACAAAGAACUUUUGUGCUAUCUGACGAGGACUACCUGCUCGCAUCGCCACUCGUGCUCGGCUACAGCCUUCAAGAGAACACUUGGGCGGAGUUCCUCGUCUCAGGCGUCAAGGACAUCAGUUGGAAUGCACAGGCUUACGACUUCGUGGUGCUGGAGCCUGAAGUAAAGUCGGUCAUCAAGGCUCUAGCGGAUACACAAAAAAGACAAGCCACAGAUUGCUUUGAUCAAGAUAUCACAGGCAGAGGCAAAGGCUUCAUAGCCUUACUCCACGGCCCGUCCGGGACUGGCAAGACGCUGACGGUCACGGCCAUCAGCGAGGUUCUCAAAUGCCCACUUUAUACGAUUUCGACCAACGAGAUGGGAUCGAGCGCCGCAUACUUGGCUGCAUUUCUCCGUCAGGUUUUCGAAAACUGUCGAAGCUGGGGUGCGAUACUCUUAAUCAGCGACGCAGAUGUGUAUCUGGAGAACCGGACCAUGCGUAACACGCACCGCAACAGUAUUGUCAAUGUCUUCUUGCGUCAGCUGAGCUCCUUCUGCGGGACAAUGUUCCUGAAAACGGCGCGUGUAGAGGAAUUUGACGAUGAGCUUCGGUCCCAUGUUCACGUUGCAGUGCGGUAUGGCAAGCCUGAUUUCAAGUCCAAGAAGGCAAUAUUCAGGGCGUUCUUGGGCCUGGCGCCAGUGGGGACCCAGAUUGCCCCUCGUGAGUUCACGGAUACCGACCUGUGCGAAUUGGCCAAAUAUGACCUCAACGGCCGACAUAUUCGGAACACAGUUACCACGGCUCAGGCUUUGGCAGUUGCGCAAGGGCAGGCUCUAGACAUGGUGCAUUUUCGCCAAGUUCUGGAAGUGGCCAAAGAAUUCGAGCGCGAUAUCAAGGGGGGUCCGGCAUUUGAAGACGCGAUGAAUAGCUACUGCUAG